AUGUUCCGGUUUACUUUGUCCAAGUUGAGCCAGUCGCACGAAAUUCAGAUGGCCGAUAUCGAGAAACGCAUCGCCCAACGGCUGGCUGUCCGCAUUGCUAAACGUCGCGCAAAAGCCCAAGGCGUUGCGAUCGUAAUCGACUUUUUCGGAGGAUGUGGCGUGGCAUCGGCGCUCAACGAGGCUCAGCAGCUCAUUAACGAUGCUCAGGACGUUCGAGCGGCAGCUCGACUCACUGCGCUUCUCUUGACUCGUGACAAAGCCGCACUCAAGAAGCAGCUGCAAGGCUUGGGUGAAGAUCAGCUUGACAAGUGGAUUGACCAACAGAUCAAGGGCAUUUGAGCACUGAUACGAUUCGCUGCGUGGAAACAAGGAGCAAUGUUUUCUUUGACUUUUCGGCUUCGAGCUUCUGGGCUGGCGUGUCGCUCCAUGGCU